AUCAUCGUCCUACCAUCCACUCCCACUCAUACACAUCCUCAUCUCACCUCGCCGUCAUCGUCCUGCUUGGACAGCGGGCCUCACCAAGCGGCCUCAGUGCCUCUCGAUCCCUCCCUGCGCUCAGACAUGGCAGCCUCAGCCGUGUCCCUCCUGAGGUCCACCCUCGCAGAUCAGGCUGCGUUUGCCCCGCGUAGCAGCGAUUGGCAACAACGCGGAGAUGGCGGCAGCAGUAGUGGUGGCAUCGAGGAGGUGCUGCAGGGCAACGGCUUGGGCAUGUCAGCCAGUGCUGCCAACAGCCGUACAAUGCGCUACCAAAAGCCUGUAUACCAGACCGAUGCGCCAUCUGCCCCUGAAGUGGUAUUCGACAUCCUCUCAAAGAGGCAGGCUGAGUCGGAUUCAGCAACAGUGACCACGCCAUCCACUACUACAGAGCCCCUUGAAACCGCCAGUGGGACGGUACACCUUCCGACUGGGGUGACCGACAUCUCAGGACAGCCCUCGGCGACAUCAGAGGCGGACGCUCGUGACAAUCUCUUGGCAAUCAUGCCGGCAUUUGUCUUCUCCAUGCCCGCUCAAAUCCUCGUCACCGGCAUCAACAUCGCCCUCGUCUCUGUCAUUGCCGUGCAUCUGCUAUUUACAGUCCAGUACCAUCUACCUCUCAGCAGGGACAACUGGAUCUUGCAGAUGUGCAGCACGCUGAUGCUGCUGGUGAGCCUCAUCGUCUAUCUAAGUGUCGUCUUCUCGUCCUUGCAAGCGCAGAGCCAUACUUGGCCAUACACUUUCGACUAUCUAGCUGCUGCGAUACCGCCCACCGAUGGGUCUUGGUCAACCGUACGGUGCGCCUUCUACCUGAUCAUGAGAGCCUUGACCACACUUCUCAUCCACCUCACGCACAUUCAAUAUUUAACGCUAUUGUACCCAUCUGCACUCGAGGCGCGCUUGAUCCUUUGGAUGCUGGGUCCACUGGCCGUCAUUGCAGCUGGCAUGGAGUUCACGGCACUCUCCCCUAUGGACGACGUCAAGACUAGCGAUCUCGGAGAUGCUAUCCGUAACAUUUGCAAUAGUACCCUCACCCUCCUCUACUCAUGUGCGCUGCUCAUUUGGGGAGGCCUCGUCAAUCGGAGGAGAGCUUGGCGCAGCGAUGGCGGCACAGCUUCCUUCGGAGGGGGGGCCAUGGGUCUCGCGAUCAUGAACACAGUCAUGUCAUUUGUACAGAUCCGAUAUGAUCGCCUAUGGUGGCUACCGGACAUCUGCUGGACCCUCACACUCUGGCAGAGCUGGCUAGGCUUCUGGUGGUGGGUUGGAGCCGGAAUGGGCAUCGGAGAGGUCGAGGACCGAGAAGAGAGAGCUGAGAGGAGGAGAAAGAGGUUGGAGCGACAGAAGAGGAAGGCGGAGAACCAUAAUGGUGAAGAGGGAUCCGAGAUUUUGACCGGCUUCAAGAAGCUCAAGGACAGAUUGACUGGAGACAGCAGUCAAAAGACGACGUCUUCUUCAUCGACUGGUGGCACACUUAGCAGACGAAGACCCAAGAGGGCCGACUCAGCAGAAGAUCAAGCUGUCCCUGCCUCGGACUCUAUGGAGUUGCAAGAAGUACGGACCUCGCGCGAACAGGGUACCCCGAAGAGCAACGCUGCCCCAAUACCAGCCGCUGACGGAGCCGGAUCCCACGAGCUGACUAAUGUCUCCGUAGUUGCGCCCGACCACGAUCAGAGUCUUGAGACACAGGACGACGACACGCCCGUCUCCGCCGCAGGAAGUUCCGCAACGACUUCUGGGCGAUCAUCCUCUCGUGGCCUGGCAGGGCGUGCUUCGAUCCUAUUGCAGGCCUAUACUCCUCAUUUCAUUCAGCAGCGCAUGAGGAGGCUCAGAAUUGCCCACGCUGCAGCCGCCGCAAGAGCUGCCGACGAACAGUCGAUUGUGAGGAGUCAAGUGCUCGGAGGUACGCGCCAGCCAGGGCUUAGGGCCAUGAUGCUAGACCGGGAUCAAGAUGUUUCGCAGAGUCGCAGAAACAGUCGUGCGACUGGCACAGGUAGCAGACGACAGUCUUCCGCUACCGUGGGGACGAGUGGAGAGAAAUCGUCCAUGGCUGUAGACGGACGUGCGUCGAGCGCAUCUAAGAGAACUUCUUCAGCCCUCGGUCUGGCCCCUUCUGCCUCAGCUACCAGCCUGGCCGCCGACCCGCUCACGCCCAACAGCCUCAGCUCCACCGCCUAUCCCGCCUCUAGCGCGUCAGUCUCCGCCUCAGCCUCAGGUUCCAGCUCAGGCGCACAAGACCAAACAAGCAUCCCCCGCCCUUCCUCGACUACAUCAGGGAGCGGACUCCCUCGGGAUACUGGCGUAGGAAACGCAGACACUUCUGACCUCUCGGACGACGAAGAUGGCGUGUGGGUCGAAGAGGAAGGAGGACCGCACGACGUGCGUGCCCAGCCAGACGGCGCAGAGAGGUCCGCGAGCACUUCUGGCUCUGGAAUCGCACUCGCUUCUUCUUCCGCUGCUUCUAACCGUCCAGCAACAGAAGCGUCCCCAUCCCGACAGAGUCUGCAUUUGCAGACGAACAACCCGCUGAGGGAAGAAGAGGAGGAGGAGGAGGAGGGGGAGGGGGAGGACGAAGAGAGACACACCAGCAGUUCAGGCUCAGCGACGGAGAUUGCUCCUGGUCAACAGUUCACCAGCUGGACCUGGCGGGGUGGACUGAGCAAGGCGCGAUUAAGGGAUCGGAGGACAUAUGAGUAAGCUGCCUUUCCCUCUUUGCUCUUCAGUGAGAGAGUCAGCGAGCGAGGGAGUGAAUGAGGUGCAGAGUUGCUACCUUCAUAUCUACUUGCACGCGCGUCUUCUGGCCGCUCGCCUCUUCUUGUAUCUAUAUUCUUCUUUGUUGUCGUUGUUCUUGUUGUUGUUGUGGUGUCGAUUUCCUGGCUCUGGAUUCGGAUUCCUUCUCUUGUAUCAAUACCAAUAUCGAUCUCACCGACUCUACAUAGCCGGCCAUAGUCGUAGCUAUAGCCAUAGUCGUAGCUAUAGCCAUAGUCAUAGGCAUAGUCAUACUUGAAGUCACACACUUCUCACUCAAUUCCCAAUCGUCUG